UUAUAAUGGAGGCUGACUGGUGGCACUUUCAUGUUCGUUUGUAUUUUGUUCUCAAAUAACUCAUUGGUAGCCUCUGUUUUGGAAUUAUAUUCAGUCGAAACAAAAUGAUAAUUCUAUAAAGAAUGGAUGAAAACCAAAAACCCGCAUUGACAAGCACAGAUGUGCAAAAUACUGGUGAUGAAAAUGAGCCAGAAAAAUCCUCCCCAUCUUUCAGUAAAGAAGAGGAAGUAAACAAACCAGUUUUAGAUACCGACCCAGAAACUGUCACUAAGAUAGAUGAUGUGACUAAGGAAGUUUUGGAUAAAGAAAGAAUUGGGUCAUCUGACAGUGAUCAAAAUUUAUCGAAUCUGGAAAAGAAGGACAAACGGAAAGUCAGUUUUCCUGUAGAUUCCAAAAUAGUAAAGGACUUUUUGGAACCACCAGAUCCUUGGAAAAAUGUUCCUGAAUGGAGAACUGAAGACUUAAUAAAAGCUUACAAGACAAGCUGUGAAAGGCAUGGAACUAAACCACUGUCGAAGAUUUUAAAGCAGUUAGGAGGCAUUGAAAAUGUCGGAGAGCGUUAUGAAAUUCUAAGUUUAAAAGGUGAGCGGCUGGAUAUGCGUCAAUGCGAGAGUCUGGAAGACAUUCUGCGACAUGUACGGUUCCGCUGUAUAGACCUUGAGGCCACACAUCUGGAUGAUGAGAUGGCUGUGGCGAUAUUUGAGAUGGUGGAGUACUACGAGUCCGCGAGUAAGCUCAACAUAUCUUUCAACAAGGGCAUAGGGCCCCGUGGUUGGCAAUCCUGCUCAAAACUUGUCAGAAAGACACCGUGCCUGACGUUCGUUGAUGCGCGGAGCUGCGAUUUAAAUGAAAGAGUGAUCCCAAUAUUUGGACGGGCCCUGAGAAUGGGCUGUUUUCUGCAGAGGCUGCAUCUGCAGAGCGCAAACCUUGCAGGAAGGGCCCUCGUUAUACUGGUUGCGGCCUUGAAAAUGAACGAGGUCUUGAAGGAGCUGUUUAUCGGGGAUAACAAGUUCACGGCGACGGACGGGGUCCAGAUUGGUAACCUGCUCAAGUAUAACCAUAAACUGGAGCUCCUUGAUCUCAGAAACAACCAUCUACAGGAUGUUGGAGUGGGUCAUGUAUGUGACGGGCUGGCAGAGCAAUGUCUCGACUCCGGUCUUCUUACCCUUGUGCUCUGGAAUAACCAAGUCACCUUCCAGGCCAUGAACGCCAUCAACAAGGCACUCACGACAGCGGAACACCUAGAAACGUUAAAUCUAGGCCACAACCCAAUCACCAAUGAGGGCAUCCACAUACUGAAGGACGGGCUUCUGAAAACCAAGCUGCUAAAGCUUGGGCUCUCGGGCACGAAGGUUUCAUGUGAAGGAGCUGUUGCCCUGGCUGAGGUUAUAGCAGACAAUAAUAAGCUUGUCAGGGUCGACCUGCAGGAGAAUGACAUCAAAACUGCAGGCCUGAUGGCGUUAUCCUUGGCUCUCAAGGUGAACGAAACAAUCACCCGGCUAGAUGUGGAUAGAGACACCAAGAAAGAAUCAGGUGUGAAAGACUAUGCAGAACAACAGAAGAGAUUACAAAAAGACAUUGCUUCUUGCCUGGAGAGAAACCGUGACAUUUUUCGCAAACUCGAAGAUGAAAAACGUCUCCUGGAAGAGAAAAACCAGGAAAACGCCCGCAAGCUUGAAGAAGCUUCUGAAGACUUAACAGAAUCCAGUGAAUACAUUCCAUCUGGUGACACGAUCCACAGACCAAAACUGUUAUUUAUUCCACAACCUAUAUAUAUACCUGAGCACGAAUUGGAUUCGCCUGUUUUAGGACAAAACUUUGAAUUUGAGGAGUUCAAUUUUGAAUCCACUUCAGGCGUGACCAAACCCAAGCAAUUGUCAGUACCCCAAGGGGCUGAUUUGUUGAGUCCCCAGUACUGUGCAAACCCCAAAGCCACAGCCAAAAAGAUUUUCUCAGUAACAAAAGUGACAAGCCCUCUUCAAGCUGCUCCAUUGUCAAGCAAUUCCACUGGAUUACCAGGAUUUAGUUUUUCUACACUGACUUCAGCAGUAAAUAGUGUGAUAAACUCACCCACCCAGGUCCACCCCCCAGUUGGGAGAAGGGGAGAUGGGGAAACUCUCCCAGAUUUCCCCCAGAUAUGCCCACCACUGGCUACAGUGGAUGUACAGAGUCUCGGCACACCCAUUCCAAUAACAGUACCUCUAACCUCUGACGCGUCCAGUCCCAAUUCACUUCAAAAAGUGAUUGAGGAACAAACUCUAGUGACAUACAUUCAGCAGAUUGUUGACGCUAAGAACAUAACAUCUGAACUUCCAAAAGUGGGUGAUUCAAAUGUUGUUGUUGAUGCCGAGAACAAAACAUCUGAACUUCCAAAAGUGGAUGAUUUAAAUGUUGUGGAGACAGACAACGGUGUUUCUGAACUGAAAGGUAAUUCAGGUCCUCCAAAAGUGGAUGAUCCACAUUCUGUUGAGACGGUUGAUGUAGUUUUGGAACCCAAAAGUAAUUCUGAUGCUGAAGAUAAUGUGUCAGAACUGAAAAAGAGUUCUGAAACUUUGUCAGAAGAUUCUGUCAGUGAAGGUAAUGAAACUGUUGAAAACUGUGAUGUGGAAACAAGUGAUAAUCAUGUGAAAGAUGCAAUUGAAACCAAUGGUGAUACUGUUGAAUGUGAUAAUUCACGGCUGCCUGAAGACAAUAAUAUUGAAGUUAAACCGGAGAGUAAAGAAGGUGUUGAUUCGGUUAGUAGUGGUGCGAGUGGGGAUGGUAGUGAUUUAAAGGUUGAAACUGGUGUUCAUAAGGAGGAAACUGUUAGUGUUAACGAUGAUGUUCCAAUAGACCAUCCUGAUGAUAUUGAUGAUAAGGAAAACAAUGGUUUAUGUGUUAGUGUUAAAGAUAAUGUUCAAGUGGACCAUCCUGAUGAUAUUGAUGAUAAGGAAAACAGUGAUUUAUGUGUAGAAAAAACAAGUGUUGAAAAUACUCAAAACAUUACAGAAAGUUCUAACAACGCAUGUUCAAGUGCAGAUAAUGAAGCUGGUUCUAAUGUGUGGAAUAAUAAUAGAAACAUAGCAAUGGGUUCUAGUCCACAAAAUUUGUCCAUUGUUGUCUGUGAUGUUAAAAUUCCAGAGGAAAAUAUAUUGUCGGCAAAGAAAAAUGAUGAAACUUGUGAUGAUCAAAAUGAAGAUGUUGGUUUAAAUGGUGAUUUUGUCGACUGCUUUGACCAGUUUGAAGAGGCUGGUGAUAAAGGUGUUGGGAAUAUCAAAGAAAAUGAUAAAAAUAGUCUAGACUCAGAACCCUGGAACUCACUAAAUGAUUCCGAUUUCUCUGACAAUGUAAACGGUGGAAUACCAGUACCUACUCCUGUGGGCAAUAAACCUGACUUCCAUACAAAUCUUUCCUUCAAUGGUCUACAACAGGAGCUGGCCAGUUUGAUUGAUGAAGAAUCUUCGCUAGCCAAUGGCUCGGUGAAAUCGGGCAAAUGCCAAGAUGCAGAACCUGUGACGCAUUGAAACCAAUACAUGUAGGAUAAAUAAUAGCAAUAUUCAUGGUGCUUACAGCGGUUAAGGCAGGACAGUUACAGAACACUGUUGGAAAAAAAACACAUGAACAGCACGCCCUAUGAAAAGAUUGUUAUAUAGCAUACAUACAUCUAAUAUUUUGGAUAAAGCUCCACGUGCCAAUGUUACGACAUGUAUUCAAGUGAACAACUGACCCAAGAGACUGGUCAGUCCAUCGAGUGAAUGAACAAAAUGAACAUGUUUUCAUGUAGAAACAGAACUUCAUACAUACAUGUGCAUGGAUUGAACGAAGAAAAGAACAUGUUUCCAUGUACAAAAUAACUUCAUACUUACAUGUCAAUUGCUUGAAAGAAGAGAAAGAACAUGUUUCCAUGUAGAAACAGAACUUCUUACUUACAUGCCAAUUGCUUCAAAGAAGAGAAAGAACACGGUUUCCAUGUACUAGAAACAGAACUUCAUACUUACAUGUAAAUCGCUUGAAAGAAGAGAAAGAACAAGUUUCCAUGUAGAAACAGAACUUAAUACUUACAUGUCCAUCGCUUGAAAGAAGAAAAAGAUUUUUUUUUCCAUGUACUGAAGAACUCCAUAUCUUCAUACACACAUGGAUUACUUGUUUACCAUUGCUAAUUCAUAGUGGAUCCAUUUGUGGUCAUAAUGAUUUCAGUGUAAAUUCAUGGACCACCUCAUUCUUGCUAAUAAUGAGUGGUUUUGACUUCUUAUAUGUACAUCGUAAGGCAACUAUAAAUUAUUUGCUAGAUUUUUGUCCCGCCCAUCCCCUCUUUCUUCCCCCCCCCCCCCCCCCCCCCCGGCUUGUCUAGAAACACGUGUAAACAGUUACUUAGGCACUAAGAAAGAGCAUAAACACAUAUUUAAAGGUGAAACAGUAAUCUUAAAAAAAGAAAAUGUUACCCCCCACCCCCAUUAAAAUAAAACAAAUGGAUGUAAAUCUAGCAGUUAAUUUAUAUCAGCCUUAUGGACGGCAUUUUACGUCCAACUUGGCAAUUAAACAUACACAUGUGAUUACUACUUGGGCAUACAAAAUCGGAUAUUUAGUUUGUUACUCACAUAUAUAUUCACACUUAUACAUAUAGUAGGAUGAAAUGACGUCAGUUUCAAGUUACUUAAGUGUUAUGUAAGAAAAUAAUUAAUGGUUGUAUUAUAUGCGAAACAAUGAACGUCAUGUGAUAAGAUCACAUCUGGUAUCCAACUUGUACGUGUACUUAGCAAAGCAUCUAGGUCUGAAAUUAAUUUCCAUCUUAGAUUUAUAUUAAUUUGAAGAUUAUGAUCUCAGUGUUUUGAUUGGACUGUUAAACUUUUUAGCCAAUGAAAUAAAAGGAAUCAGAUUUUACUUAAUUUUCAAAUUAUAAUCUCAGUGUUUUGAUUGGGCUGUUAAACUGGUUUAAGCCAAUGAAAUGAAAGGAAUCACUAAGGAGUCAUGUCUAAGGAUAGGGGGUAAAAAAAGGAAAGGAAAAAACCGACAUACCAACACCUUGGAAGUUAAGUUCGGAAAACAUCAAACAAACAAUUCACUCUGGCCUUGUUGAAAUGUUGUAUAAUUUUAGUAAUAUGUUAAUUCUCUGUGUGUUUUUUCCUGGAUUGGUAAUACAUGUACCACUGUAAAUAACUUCUAAUUACUAAAACCGGGUAUUCUUAUUUCAAGGUUGUGUAAUAACGUGAUUGUGUAAUAAUUUAUCCCCAUUAAAUUUUUAUAAUAUAUUUUCUUUCUGUAAAGUAUAUGUACUUAAAAACUGGCUCAUUAAAAGUGGGAUUUAUUUCCCCCCCGGUAAAUAUUAUUAAUAUGUUUUCUUUUUGCUUGUAAUAAAGUACAUGUACUGCUGAACUCGCUCAUUGAAAUCAAGAUUUUUAAACAUUUCUUUCGUGGCUAGAUGCGUGUUUAUCCCCUUCUAUCCAGAGCUUCAUAGAUAAGCUUCCCCUUUUUACUCUUAAAGCUGCACUCUCUCAGAUUGAUAGUUUUGAAAAAUAAUUUUUUGAGUUUUUGUCUCAGAAUCGGCUGAUUUUGUUAUCACAUUAAACGCCUUCAAUUCAGUUGGAUAGGAUAACUCACAAUAGAACAGAUUGCAUUGUUUGGAAAACUGAUGAAUGUAUCAUUUUUCUUAAAGGGAAAGUAACGCUUUUAGUCAUAAAACAUAAAUUUUCGAACAUAAAUAUGAAAAAUUGCAAUCUGAUCUUUUGUCAGCAGUCUUAUAUCACUGGUUUCCAGACAUUUACUCACAAAUUGGCUUAUUUGGAGACAAAAAAAAGCUGUCAAAAUGGUCGAUCUGUGAGAGUGCAGAUUUAAGUUAUAUAUAUAACGAGUGGAUUAACUUCUGAAUUAAGGAAAGGGUUAAGUUACUAUUUGUUAUACAGGAACAAGGACUGAAAUAUUUGUGUGGUCAAUAAUAAGUAAGCUACUAUAUCUCAAAAUAAUUCUUAUUUUUUGUUGGUUUAAACUUACCAUAUAAUAUCAUAAGAUGUUGUUAUAAGAUGUUGUUGUUUUUUUCAGUAUCUUGGGGAAAAUGAGCUAUAUUUGAUGUUGGAAUAGGGAAUUUUCGUGUUGUUUUUCACAAAAUUUGGAAAUUUUAAUAAAUAUUUAUGUAAGUUGAAUAUACACAAUUACUCUUUUAAACCAUUUUUGAUGGCCAAUUAUAACUUCACAAUAAUAAAGUAAAGUAUUUAACCCUUUGAAUGCUGGGUAAAUUGUCGUCUGCUCAAAAAAGUCGUCUGGUUUAUUCUAAAUUUCUUUCAAUUUACUUAAAACUUUGGGGAUAUAUUGACUGAGUGGCAAACAGCUAGGAACCUGACCAGGCGCCGAGUUACUCGGCGUCUGGUCUGGUUCCAAGCUGUUUGCAAAGCCCUUAAAAUCGCCAUCAGCAGCCUAAGGGUUAAAAGAGAACUUGAACAAAUUUGUGUAGAACUUUUGAUUGGAAAUUUAUUCAGCAUUUGGUGAAAAAACAUGGGCAUUGUGAGCAUAAUUGAAAAUCGGCUAUCAAAAUCGUUUAAAAACAACAACCGUGGAGUAAUGUUUGUCCUGCUAUGCUUAGUAUCCAAGCAAACACCUUUGAUCUGUAUGUUGUAUGUGAAUACUUCUAUUUGCAUUGAAUGCAUAACAAUGGCCUCACUUCGAAUGCCGAAGCUUAAAUAUCCCAUGUUUUCAGUAGCAACGUUUUCAGCAUUUAAUCCUGGUAAUUUGAUCACAGUUUUUUUAACAAAAUGCUGAAGUUACAGUUUUUGUAGUUAAGAUUUCUGAAGGUUCGGCAUUUUUGCUUCUCUGUGAGAUAUCCAAUCGUUGCUCGACACAUGAUGCAACACCAUUUUCUCAUUUGACUAUUUACUCGGCAGUGAUGUAAAAAUUCCGAAAUAGAAAAAAGGCAGCUUCGGCAUUUUGAAGUGAGACCAGCGAUAUAGUUGCUUGUCUGUAUGUACUAUAUUAAAUGCUUCAGAUAAUCAGAAAAAGAAAAUGUUUUCAUAUAAACUUAAAAUAUGAUUGAUAAUUGAUACAAGCUUGACAUAUUUGAUACUUAAACAUUAUUUUCAUGGAGCGGCAGUUUAAAUAAACGCCUUCAUUUUUCAUGAUACCAGUACAUCAGAAGUGACAUCAUUUCAGUUUCAAUCCCAUAGACAUUCAGCUUUCAAGAAUUAUACCCAGGAAAGACAUAAAAACUACAUUAUGAAUUUCUUACUUGUGAAUUUUUCAUGUUCUCUUCGAAGUUUGUGAUAAUAAGAUGCAAACAAAGAGUUUAAAAAGUCAUUUUACUUUUUAAGCAUAUGUAAACAAAAAUGUUUUUGUUCUUGUAGGAAAAUAUCUGUGCUUGUUCUUGUGUGAACAAAAGUGCGCUCCUGACAGUGCGCAAAAUUACAAGAACUAGUGCAUAAAUAUUCAUUUAAAAUCAAUGAUAUAUAUAUGCUUUUUUGUUGUUUUUAUGCUGUAUGAACUCAGUAGGGCACGGGAGGUGAAAUUCUAUGAAACGCGCUAACGCUUCUUGGUAAUUUGCUCGCUCGCUGUGUGCGAUCAAUAUGUAUAUGUACAUUUGAAAUAAUUAUUCAAUAUGAUUAAAAAUUAGCAGUUUCUUCUGCAAUUGAGUUUUUGUUCUUAAAGAAAUUAAACCGACUACAUACAUUUGUGUAAAAGAAUUGCUGAUAUUUGUAUCAUCAUAUAUCAUUGGUUAAAUCAUGAUGUGCUAAUCCAAUCGCAGCGCAAUAUUGAAAUAAACAAUGACGUCAUAACUCCUUGCGUGUUAUACAAUAUGAUCGUCAAGUUUUAUGUCAUAAUCUCAAGGACUAGGCGAAUGUAAAUAUAUGUGUGUGUCACUAUUUGCAUCACCCCUGUUAAUUUUGCUGUUCUUAUUUUAGUGGUCUACAUGAUAAAAUUGUGUCUAUUGUUUGAUAAACUUUAACUUGACUUGAAACAUUUCAUAAUUUCAUAUUAUGUGAUAUAAUUUAUUCAAAAUUUUAAAUAUAUUUCUCUCAUUUUUUGUACAAAAAUGAAAUCUUUACUUGUAUCGGAUAUUUAAAAAUAUUUCUUCUCUAAAGUUAAGCUGGAGAUAUCGUAAUACGCCAGAUAAGGCCAUGCAAAAUUGAUUUUAUGUUUAGCAUACUUUAUGGCAAAUAAGGCAAUGCAAAAUUGAUUCUAUGUUUAGCCUAAUUUAUUGCAAAUAAGGCCAUGAAAAAUUGAUUCUAUGUUUAGCCUAGUUUAUGGCAAAUAAGGCCAUGCGAAAUUGAUUCUAUGUUAAGCAUUCUUUGUGGCAAAAAAGGCCAUGCAAAAUUGAAUCUUUGUUUAGUGCAGUAUAUUGCAAAUAAGGCCAUGCAAAAAUAAUUUAUGUUUAACCUUGUUUUUAUGCAAAUAAGGCCUUGCAAAACGGAUUCUAUGUUUAGCAUAGUUUAUGGCAAAUAAUGCCAUGCAAAAUUUAUUCUAUGUUUAGCGUAGUUUAUGGCAAAUAAGGCCAUGUAAAUUGAUUCUAUGUUUAGCGUAAUUUAUGGCAUAUCAGGCCAUGUAAAUUGAUUCUAUGUUUAGUGUAAUUUAUGGCAAAUCAGGCCAUGUAAAUUGAUUCUAUGUUUAGUGUAAUUUAUGGCAAAUCAGGCCAUGCAAAACGGAUUCCUGUUUAGCGUAGUUUAUGGCAUAUAAGGCCAUGCAGAAGUGAUUCUAUGUUUGUGGUCUUAAGGUAUUAAGCAAAUAUGGUAAAAUUUACUGUAAAAAAAAAGGGUUUCAACAAUGAAAAGGUUGACACAUCUUUGUCAAAAUUACUUGUAUUUUUGGUAGUUUGAAAUAUUUCGGAAUUCCAUUUUUUAGUCAUUAGUAAAUAAGGCUCCUGAUUCAAGAAAAAGACACUUGCACAGUAAAAUUAAACAGUCUUGAUUCAUUGACCUACAAAUGUCUAUGUUGUUGAUUUCUUUUCAAUUACAGUUGGUGAAAUCUGCUUCGUAUCAAGCAAAUGUGUUUUCAAGAAAAAAAUAGGAUUUUUUUUCUAUGACUGCUUUUUUUCCUGCUUGGUAUAUGUAAGUUUUGAAAUUGGAACCUGACAAUUAAAACUUAGAAUCUAUUUGGUAUGGCCUUAUGUUGUGUACUACAUACAUGUCUGCUCAAAACAUUGUUUACAUUUUUGUGCAAUAGAAAUUGAUGUGAAAUCUAACUUAGGUUGUAUAACAGUUUUAGUAGCACUUAUAACAUUCUAUGGAAUAAAAGACUAUUGGUAUUUUGUAAGAUAAAUUGUGCUUCUUGCUAUCUUAAUAAUGCAUGUCAUUAGGUUGCCAUGGUUAUUUUACUCAUUUAUGUUUGUCAUAUUGACUGAUCGUACUGUAAUCUUUAAUAGCGGAAUUUUACUAACCCUUGGAAAAUCUUUAUAACAUGACACCUAUUGUUACUAUAGAUGUGUUACAAUGUAAAUAGGGGAGGAUUGUUUAUUUUAGUGUAAGAUCAUAAUAUAUUUCACCCGAGUAAGCACCAAAGUAGCAACAAGUGAAAUAUUCACUUUUGGUUUUUACAAGGUGAAAUAUAUUACAAUCUUACACUGAAACAAACAAUUUUUCUUUUAUUAUAUGAAUAUGAAGACAAUUAUUAACACUUUUUUAGAAAAACGUGCCAGUUUGUUUGCGCAUGUAAUGUCUUCUCUGAAACGACCUCAUUAAAAUUGCAUGCAUGCUGAAGUUUUAUUGGGAUCUGAAAGCGACUAAAAUUUGUUUGAAACAUUGAAAUAUCAAUUUUAUUUUCACUGAUUAAUCUCUAUAAACCUCCGGAAAGCAUAUAAUAAUGUUUUAUGUUCAGAAAUUGUUUCAUCCUGAAUCAGAAUUGUUUAUGCCCACACCUCAAUCUUGCAUGCAAAACUGUUUAAGGCCAGGCGAAAUUAAUUAUGUUUUACGUCAUUAAGUGGUAAGGUUUCAGUCCUAAAAAUAAAAAAUAAAUUUCUAAUAAAAAAAAACAAUCAUUUGAGUCAAGAAUAUGAACAUUAAAUUAUUAUACAAGGAGAAGUUCAAUUAUUGAGAGGUUUUGGACCUUCCAAUGUAUAUGAUGCCUUUUUUGAUUGUUAAAUAUGCUACCAAGGCCAUUUGUUGUAAAGAUAAUAAGGUUGAUGUUUUUUUCUUUUGGAUUUUGUUUGUUUUCCUGCUCGGUUGAUAGGGUUUGAAAUUAGACCAUUGGGGUUCCUUUUAUAAAGAUCUUAGUGAAUUUUAGUGUGAAAUGUUGAUUUUAGUCGAUAAAUGUCAUUUUCAUUAUAGAUUUUGCAUGAAUUUACAUUAAGCCAGUAGUAAAAAUGGAAUCAAAUGUUAGUUAAAAAAAAAUCGCUUCUCGAAAUUUCAUGACAAAGAAAUUUUCUUCUAAUUCAAGAUUACGGUUUUGGAGUUUAACGACUAAGAUUAUUUACUGAAACAGGCCCCAAAUACUAAACAUACAAUAAAUUUUACAUGGCCUUUGAUGAAAUACAGGGAUGUGAUUUGUCUGGAGGGUUUCAACGGAUAUAAUGGCUCCAGGGACCAAAAAGAAGAAGAAAAAAAAUAUAUAUACAUAUAAAUUUAUAUAUAUAUUUUUUUUUCUUUUUAAUAUAUCAAAAACAGUUAGCUGGUUGCGUUUGGUUGUUUCUUUAUUUGUCGGUAAUAUUGACACUCCAGUUUGUUUCGAUUUUGAAAGUCUCAAGGACUUCUAAAAAAUCUAGAUUUGUUUCAUGGCAGGGUGCUACACCCCCUUUGACACCCACUGGUGGCCGAAAGUGCACCCCAAAUCCAUCGCCGAAAUGGUUUCAGCCUUUCAGCUGCCAGGUCAAUCACUUCCCUAAAAAAGAAAACGUUAAAACACCUAUUAAGCGGUCUUAAUAUCCAAUAUUAUUGAAGGUCAAAAUGCAGGGCAUAAGUACAACUACAAUCCAGCCUUCAUUUAAAGGUGCACUCUCACAGAUAAACCGUUUUUUUUUUUGACAACUUUUUUUUUCUUUUUUGUUUUAUGGGCAAAAUGUUGUAUAAACGUCUGAAAACCAGUUAUAUAAGACUGCUGAUAAAACAUAAGAUUGCAGGUUUAAAUAUUUACUCUUUAAAAUUGAUGUCUUAUGGCUUAAAGCAUUACUAACGCUUUAAGAAUUUUAAAAUGAAAAUCUGCCAAGAUUUUCAAUUAAUUGAGAUCGGUUCUAUUGUGUGUAAUAUCCUAUAUGACUUUUUGAAACUAUUGAUUCAAAAAUCAGCUGAUUCUGAGCCAAAAAAAUGAAAAAAUUGUCAAAUCAGCUUGCAGAGUGCAGCUUUAAAUGAAUCUAACAUUUUUUUCUAAUUAGUAAUUUAUAUGUUACUUGAACGACAUUGAAAAACAACUACCCUACCAGCUUAGCAGCUAUACUGACUAAUGUUCAGUUACUCCAAUUUCAGAAAAACCUUUUAACUACUUGACCAAUGAAGAAUUACUGGUAAAAUACCAUAUAAAUUUUGUUUCCUGAAACACUUCAUAGGCAUGUAAUUAUCUCGCUUAAAUGUUUUUGAUUAAGUUUACAAGCGGAAUAAAGACGCUGUGUGCAAAAAAACCUGAAAUAAUAACCCUAGAAAUAGCAAUUUAAAAGAAAACUUCAUUCUAAAAAUUGUUCCAAGCUUUGAGGUAGUACCUCUCUGUAUAACAGAUGUCUCAAAUUACUGAGGUAAACAUCAUGUCAUCAUUAAAAGGCUUGAGGUUAUUUUAGAAAAAAAUUAUAUAUUAGGUACAGUUUCUUCUUUUGGCUAGUAUAAUUUUUCUUUGAUGUAUAAUUGGAUCACAUCAGACAGAAAUUAAAACCGUCACCAAAGAAUACAAAUCUUGGUUUCGCUGCAAGAGAAAACAAAAUCAGAAUGAAAUUUGUCUAAAAUAACCUCAAGUCUUUUGAUGAUACUAUGACUAUGAUAUAUGUGCAGAAUAAAGUGAUCUUUAAAAACAGCUAAAUUUAGGGUUAUUUAAUAUCUGGUAUAUUUGUGCAUGCAUAGUCUCUUUAGUCAUAGAUUUUAAAGGGGCUAGACACCAGAUGAUACAAGAAAAAAAGAAAAUAUAAAAUAGCCAUCGAUGUGUACAACACCUUGAAUCUUACUUACUCCUGUAUCACAUCGCUAAUGAUACAUGCAUCUUUCGUAGAUUUUGAGCAUUUUUCCAAUUUGAAAUUUACUCAUGUUGUCAACCACGUAAGUUUAAAAAUAGCGUUGGUAUAUUUAUCUGUACUCAUAAACAGAUAUGAUUUAAACUGGGAAACCAUGAUGUGCUUUUUUAAACAGGGAAACACAGAUGAGACAGCAACAUGAUUGUUAAUGAUUUUAAUCAUGUAUUAUAAUGUAUUAUCAACCUACUACUAGCUCGCACUGGCAAUUAAAGGCUUGUUUUGAGGAUAUACUGUAUAUUUGAUGAUUUGGGGACAAUCUGGUGUCUCGCCCCUUUAAGUCUGAAGUGUCUUGCCCCUUUAAUUUUUAGGGUUAAUCCUGCAAAAUUGAUUUAGAGCUUAUAACUUCAGACUGUUGUACAGUUGUAAAGAUUACCUGUUGCUCUGACUUUUGAAGCAACAACAUUAGAUAGUUCCUUGAAAUUAAUACAUUUAACUUUAGAAAUCAUUUCAAAAGGGGUCUAAGCCCCUUUACCCAAACAAAUCCUGUGGUGGUAUUCAAUAUUCAAUUAAAGUUAGUCUUAUGGUAACAAGUACUCAGAUUAGCUACAUCGUUCUUAGAUCCAAUUAAGACCAGCAUUGAAUACCAGCCCAGGAAUUGUUUCAAGGAUUAAAAUUAUCAGCUGUUAUAAGAACCCCUGUUUUUUCUGGUUGUAUAUUAUAUUCCUGUAUGAAUUAUGUUGUUUUUUUGUCUCACAUGUUUCAUUUGUGUAUAGGAUAUUGUAUUUUAUGGUUGUUACUGAUGUUAUAUGCAACAUUGUUAUGAUUUGGACCAAUAACUUGUAGCAAGGGUUUGGAUCUGAUGUAUAAUUAUAACAGGUUGAUCAUUGCAAGAAUAUGUUUUAUGGUUGGUAAUAAGAUAAUAAUAAAGUAUCUUUAAAAAUGGU